UUUGCAGCGAUCCCGCGAUUGCUUUGCAUCGCAGCUGCGCUUGCCAGCGCUUCGGCUUUGUCGAUAUCAAUUAGACAGAACCCCGAGACUCUGUGCAUAGGCCAGGAGAACUUCCUACGCAUCGCCAACGUUGACAACUGCCUGGACUACUAUCAGUGCUAUUCCGGACGCUCGUACUUAAUGCAAUGCCCCCUGGAUACUUGGUUCAAUGAGGAGCAACAGGUUUGUGAUCGGUCUACUCCACCGGAAAAGUGCCGAGUGGAACCCGAACCAGAACUCGAACCAACGCCAGAACCAGAACCAGAACCAGAGCCGGAACCCGAAGCCGAACUAGAAACUGAAUCUGAAGCACCCGAAACAGAAGAAGAUCAACAAAACGAAAUAGAAGAUGACGAAGAUGGUCAAGAGCAAGGUGAAGGAGAUGAUGAUGAUAAUGAAGAAAAUAAUCCCGGAGAUAAUGGCAACAAUAGCAAUGAACAAGGAGACGACACUGAUGAAGGAUCUGACAGCAACGAUAAAAAUGAUACGGAUGAUAUUAAGGUCAACGAGGAGGUUGAAGAGGCAGAUGAUCAAACUGCGCAAGUUACUUACAAUGAAGAGGGUAGACAUAAACUCACAGAGGAUAAUUUCAUUACAGAGGAAAAGCGAUACAAUAAUGAAGAGAAUGAACUGGUCGCUAUGGGGCAGACUACCCACGACAUUAUACUUCUCAAUAACGUCAACGCUUACAAUGAUCAGGGGCGUUCCGAUAGCCUUGAUGACCAUAAAAUUUACAAAUUACAGAAACGGGACGAAGCCCAAGACGACGCUAAUAUUGCGGGUGAUAAUGUAGAUGAGAACGAUGCACUGGGCGAAGACAACAAUAUAGUUGAUGAUGAUAGUGAAUUAUUGGAAUUUGACGAGACUAAGAAAAUAUCACGUAGAUCUUUAAAACUGAAAGAGUGGCAAAGCGAAGCUGAAUAUGAUGAAGACGAUGAGGAUGAAGAGGUUUUUAAACUAACACGAAAAUCAGUAAAACAGAAUAAUGAUGAUAAUGAUGACGAAGAUGAUGAUGGCGACGAUGAUGAUGAUGACGACGAAAUUGAUGAUGAUGAUGAUGAUGACGAUGAAAACGAUGAUGAUGAUGGUGAUGACGAGGAUGAUGAUGAAAACGAUGAUGAUGAUGAUGAUGACGACGAUGAUGAUUAUGAUGAAUUAUGGAAGACCCGUGGUGGAUUGAAAAGAUUGCGUAGAUUUAUAACACAAAAUGAGGUUGAGACUGAAGGUUUAGAAGACGAAAAAGAAAAAGAUUUCGAUGAAGUUAAAGGCAUCAACAAGUUUUUCAAAACAUUAUUUAGAACAUUUGCAUAAAACGUUGGCGUUCUUUCAAAAGCAUAUCCGACAGGAGUGCCAGCUUGAAAUAGUAGAUAUUAGUUAUUAUAUACUAGUAGGUUCUUAAUUUAUUCAUUAAACAAUUAGAUCUAAGAGAUGAGUGUAGCCGAUUCACUUUGUGCAA